GUGGAUUCCGGCGAUAAAGAGGGUAAAACUAGGAAGAUACAAGUGCAGGAUGAAGUGGUUGUUGAUUGUGGCUGCACUGGCAGCGAUUUCCAGUACCCUGGAGGCUCAAACACCUGUCAUCCGCGUCAACCGUGAGUCGAGCUACCUGCCGUGUCGAGAUCGCGCCGUGUGUUCCGACCUUUACAACUUCACGCGUACCCUGCCGAGCGGCACGCGCCAGGAAGUGCGGAUCGUCAAGAACUGCAAGUGUCCCGACAACGACGACGGCGGCUGUCCCAUCGUGGACGACCACAUGCUGCACGCCAGCACCAUACACAAACAGUACAUGUGCAACCCUAUAGAGACUUUGCCGAUCUGCAGCGAGAACCAAUCGCAGCCCUCCGCGGAGGACAUGGUGGAAGGAGACGAAGAGUUCGAGUUCUACAACUACUGGAGGAUCAACUGCCGCUGUCCCACGUCACAGCAGACCGGUGGAGCCAAUCCCGAACCAGUUGGAGCGCGCCACGCAGUGGGUCAGAGUGAGGCCCGACUGGGGUAGACACAUGUUCAUCCACGAGUACGUCUGCGACAACGAGUACGGACGUCAACGGCACUGAGAUACGUCGACGGACACGGCAGCUAAAGUUUAUUCCAGGAAUCAGAAAUACAGCGAUGACAAUGCUUCCAUCUUUGCCGAAGUAACUUAAGACGGAUGCAUUCGAUGGCGACAUUGAACUUUCGGAAUUCAAUAUCUGUUUAACAUGAUACCGUUAGCAUAACGGGAUUCUCCCCCACGUGGAUGAUAUACAUUUUAGUGUCGUGUUAUCCAGUGUGUACAUAUUAUUAAACCUGGUUCUGGUUCUUUUGUACUUAUAAAUGUUGUAAACGGGCACACAA